AUGGCAUUUCAGUUCCUACCCGCCUGGUGGUUUGGCUACAUCCCCGUCACCUCCAACAAGGUGGAAGCGGAGGACCAAAGUGAAGACCAGUCGCUCGUCGGGAGAGUCUACGUUCAACGAAGAAAAAGUCGCUCCUUUGUCGUCCUGUCGCUCAUCAACCUGGUCUUGUUCCUCGCUAGUGCAGCUAUGUUGGUACGAAUUCUGGCGAAACCUGAGAGAAAGCCUCUCAAUGCGGAACUAAGAGCCGCUUCUAGCUACAGUCCUAUUUUCGACAUGUUAGACCUGGAGCCUACCUGCAAGAAAAUUAACGGCACCAUCAAACCGAUGGGAUCGUUGAGCAUCGGUAGGCAUUUUCCAAGCCCAAUGACAGACGCCAUCUGGGAAGAGGAUAUUGAGCUACUGCGACCAAUACCAAUUACACGGGAGCAGGUCAUCAAACUUGGCAAGAAUCCCGAAACUGUUGCAAAGCUUGAAGAUGAAGUUUGGGGGCUCGGAGAUGAUGCCUACGUCGCAUCGCUCGACAUUUUCCAUACUCUGCAUUGCUUAAACACUUUGCGAAAGGCAGUGUACGCGCCGUAUUAUAACCUGACAAUCGCGGAUGAGACAAAGAAGCAUCUACCAGCAGUGGUUCAUCUAAACCACUGUGUGGAUAUUCUAUUUCAGCACAUAUCUUGCAGCAACAACGCCAACCUAGUCACUAGGCAUUGGACAAAAGGCCAAGAGUAUCCCGUACCGGACCUUUCUAUUACCGCACAUUGCAUAAACUUCGAAAAGCUCACUAAGUGGAACAAAGAGGCUUCAAUUGACUUGAACAAGUACAUCAAGGUUAUGAAGAAACCAGCCGGUGUGAAAGAAGAACCUGCUGAGAUCUGA